AUGCCAAUAUCAAACCUUCAGGUAGAAGUCAAUCUAACCCAGACUGAUAUUUCAGGAUUUAUUGAGUUUUAUGAUGGAUUUCUUCCAGAUUCCCAACUAAUCACAACUUUCAGCUCAAAAUCAAGUUUCUACCCAGUUACCUCCCCUGGCAGUAAUUUACUGAUUGUAGCAAGAAAUUUCACGACAGAAUCCGUGCCUGGUUCAUUUAUCAGUGUUAUUGAUAGUUGUAAUGUAGUUACCAGUGAAAACAAGGGAAGUUACUCUCUUUCAUCAUUAGCUGUUAACCAGACUCAAUGUCAGUGGACAAUUUCUCCUCAUAAUAAAGAUGGAGUUAUCUCCCUUGAAUUUAAGACUAUAAGUCUGCGAGCGAAAGACUCCCUGACUAUUAGCGGUAUAUCUAAUAUAACUAACGUACUGGCCAAAUUCACCGGACCGACAGACGUCAGUUUUAUACCUAACGUAGACAUCUCAGCCUCAAAAAUUAUUCAGUUAGUUUUUGAAACAACCAAUAAUUGUAGUGUAAAUUGUACAGAGCCUUCUGUUGUGGCUGAUUAUACUCAAAAUGACGCAUGUAUUGGACAACUUCAACAUCCAAGCGGAGUUCUGACCAGUCCAAAAUGGCCCAAUGUCUACCCAGUAAAUGCCCAAUGCCUGUGGGCCGACACUGAAACAGUUAACGAUACCCGAAUGCUGUACAUGUCUUUUGAGAAAUUCAAUCUCCCUAACAACCAUUCCUUGGAAUUGAUGAGCGGUUUCCAGGAAGCCUGGAAUAUCAACAAGAAAUUCACCGGAAAUACUCUACCAAAUGACAUCAUAGUCAAGGGGGAUAACUAUCAACUGAUUUUCAACUCCCAGCAGACAUCAACUCACCUGACAGCUGAAGUGGGUCAAGGUUUUCAAGCUAAUUAUAGAUUUUUAGAUUGUGGUGGAUUUAUCGCCAAUGAAAGCUCAGUUAUCCAGUCUCCCAAAUCAACCAACAUGUCAGAUGUUUGUGUCUGGAUAAUCCAGCUACCAGCCGACCCAAAAAUCAAGAAUAUUUCGGUGAUUAAUUUUGAAUUGGUCGUCAAGAACUCUUCAAGUAAAAACAAUUUGAGUAAUUCAGUGACAAUACACGAUGGUGGUUCCAUUCGAGCUCCGGUACUUCUGACAAAUAAUUCCCAGAAUUCAACACAGAUUAUGUCACGGACCGAUACUCUCUUGAUCAUGUAUAAUAUGAGUGGGUCGUCCAACACUUCCUUUACCUUUAAUUACACUCGUUAUGUGUGUAAAUAUUUAUGUAAAAAUGGAGUCUGUCUUCAACCCAGCUGGCGAUGUAACCAGAUAGAUGAGUGUGGAGACAAUACUGAUGAACAGAAUUGUGUGUACCCCUUCCCCCCUACAACUACCCCCUCCCCCAGCAAGGGUGGUGGAAAUUCUGGAGUGGCCAGUUAUUGGGUGGUGCUAUGCCUGUUAUUUGGAAUCAUCAUGGGAGUCCUGUUUGCUAUUUUCGUUCCUCGUAUCUACAAACGCAUGCGAUUCCAGAACUACAGCACUCUUCGAGAAUCUAAUAACCCCAUUGUGUAGAUUCCAGGAUUCCAAAUUUUACUUACGAAUUAAUCUAACAUUCCAUAGACUUUUAGAUCACAUAUUUGAUUGUUGAUUCUGAAACAGGAAAUUGCAGUCAUAAAUUUUGCUUUGAUCAGAAAUCCUGUUUGUAUUUCUUACAUGUAAAUUGAACUUGGAAAUUCCUGCUCAUGAUUGGAUAUCAAUGUUUUAUAUAGAUUGUAAACGGCCCUGAUAAGUAUGCAGAAAAGAAAUCAAAAUGAAUUUACAGCAUUAUAUCAUCUUCACAAUAUCAAGCUAAUAUAAACUCUGUCUAAUACCUUGACAUCAUUAGGUACUAUCUUAUGGAACGUUGUAAAUGCAGCAAUUAUUGGAUUGAAUACUUAAAUACGGCCAAUUGAAGCCCUCGACUGAAAGUCUGAACAAUAUGGCUGUGCUGCGUGUAAGGACCAUUCACAUCUGCCAUUGUAGUUGCCAUCUCUAUACUUUCUAUCAAGACUUUUGAUUGGCUACAUUCAAAUCUGAGAAGGGAGAUAAAUCAUAUAUUGUAUGCUCAUAACUAGUUUGUAAUAGCUUGACAUUAUGAAGAUGACAUGAGAGAGACCUCUUGAGUAAAACUAAAUGUAUUAAUGUAAUUAUGAAGAACAUAUCAAUUAUAAAAAGCAGUUAUUCCCCUUGAACUGUAAAUUUAUAUGAAAAUAUUUAGGUAAUGGGAUUUAGAUAGUUAAAUGUUCAGAAUAUUUGGUGAUUUUUUUUGCUCAUCAAGAGAUGUUACAAAAUAAAAACACAUAGAUCAUUUUGCUUUGAG